UCCUGUUCAGUCUUACAGUCUUGGCCCCGUUCUUUAACCUCAGUCGACAGUCAACUGUUUCUGCCUUUGCUAAAUCCCUUCAUGGAUUAGGCCUGAUUGACUGUAAUCAGUUUGGGGAGCCCAAACAUGGCUGGAAAUGCUCUUGGGAUAGUCUUCUCUAUUCUGCUCCUUGCUUCUUUCAUAGAAGGGCUUCAGGAUGUUGAGCUGCUCCAUCUUGAAACACUGGAAGCUGUGGUGGGAAAGAACAUUACCUUACCUUGCCUUCAAAAAAAACUUGACAAUCUCAAGCUAAUCAGUAUUGAAUGGAAAAAAAAAGGAGGGUCAAAGCUUGGUGUGUACAGCCCACUGUAUGGACAAAGUUUGUUUUCGAAUAAUGUGACCAUCCAGAUUGAGGACAGUGAGAAAAGUGAGCUGAUGGGCUCCUAUCUACACAUUCCUGAGGUGAAUAAAAGGGACAGUGGCAUCUAUAUUUGUGAGAUCACAAGUUUUCCUUUUGGUUCCAUUGCGAAUGAAAUGAAGCUAACAGUCAAAGAUGACUUUACCAUAAAAUGUAAUGUGGAUGGCUUUGUUGAAAUUCCUCAUGGAGAAAAUGCAAAAGUUCACUGUGCAGUAGGGAAUACUGCACAGUACAGGUGGACCAAGGACAAGGAGCUGGUGUCAGAGACUAAAGAUCUGGAGCUCAGGCAGGUGACAGAUGCUCAUGCAGGGGUUUAUAAACUGACAGUCAACACAGGAGACAAAAGCCUGCAUAAAGAUUUUAUCAUCACUGUGCUACCAGCAACCACAAGCUUAAGGACAGAUCCUGUGACAGUAUCACUGAAGAGUCUGACAAAAUCACACAGCAGCCCCACCCAAUCACUCACCGCUGGGCUUUCAACACAUGUAAACUGGGCCACUCGUCCAAACCCCAGCAGUGUCACAAUCACCGCAGCAGAGCGAAUAACCCCCUCCACCAUUUCAACACCUAUCAGUGUUACAUCAUCCCCUGCCACACACCCAGGCACCCACCACUUAUUACUCAACUCCACUACAUCUCAUAAUCUUACCACUGCUGCAUUCAGACCAAUACAAGAAAUAACCAGAGAUGGGAUGAGGUCUGAGUCCACGCAUUACACUCUGCAACCAGAAGACAUUUUCUCAAUUAGCACAGAGGAGUCCAGCACUGUGGGAAGCAUAUCAGAAAACUCUGAACAUCCAGAUACAAUCCAAACCAAGCGCAGAAGAAGCACAGUAGCUGUAAAUAAAGACAGAGCAGGAGAUGACCAGACCAGACGGAGUCAUCUGCUCUUGGUGUUAAUUGUCAUUCCACUGCUGCUACUGAUUGCUGUGAUUGGCUUCCUCUACAGGAGACAAAUCAUCAAGAAAAGAAUUGACCUGCCACCGUCCUUCAAACCUCCUCCACCCCCAGUAAAGUAUACCACUGCAAGACAAAGUGAGAUCUGGAGACAGUCUUACCCCAUUUCACGGUGCGAUUCGGUUCCAGAGCCUACAGAUCUGAGACAAACGUUUGUUUGACAUAAAAACAUUUACAACCAAUAUUGUGGAGAUGUAUCGUAAGUGGUUUGUUGCAUUGUUAAAAAAGGAAGUGAUUUUAUUCGUGUACAGUUUUAAACAAUCAAGUGACAAGAAAUCAUGUAAAUGUGGUUUGUGCUUUACCUUAUUGUAAAUUCAUUUUUUUUAUUAUUUGCUUUUUACUCCAACAAAACCUACAUUCAUAUAGUAUUUUGUAUGUUUUUGCAGCAUGUUUUUAUGUCUUGAAAAUAAAAAUUGAUUUAAUAUGA